UAAUGUCCGCCAUGUUUGCCAUGGCGCAGGGAGCGGAUCGAGCCAACAAAAUACGGAUCUAAGCACGACAAGACGCCGCCAAUACUACCAUCUACCGCCCCUUACACAACACCGGCGUCCUCAUGAAGCGACAAAGGACGAAAACGAGUGGCUUUGUGGAGUCUUUUUGAUUGAUAAUUUUAAGUGUUUUUUUUUUAUUCCAAGCCCCCCUUCCCAGUCUGUCGGGUGUUUUGUGAGAGACGACAAUGAGUAAACUCUCCUUCCGAGCGCGGGCGCUAGACGCCGCUAAACCUCUCCCUAUAUAUCGUGGUAAAGACAUGCCCGACCUCAAUGACUGCGUCUCUAUUAACCGGGCCGUGCCACAGAUGCCGACGGGGAUGGAGAAGGAGGAGGAAUCGGAACAUCAUUUACAACGAGCGAUCUCCGCACAGCAAGUUUUUAGAGAGAAGAAAGAAAGCAUGGUUAUCCCAGUUCCUGAAGCAGAGAGCAAUGUUCUCUACUACAGUCGUCUGUAUAAGGGAGAAUUUAAACAGCCCAAGCAGUUUAUUCACAUUCAACGUGAGUACCUGUUAUGUUUUGUGCUUGCAUGUGUUUAUUUUUUUCUUCCCUUCCUUCCAUUCUUCCUUCUGAUUAUCUGUCUUCUAAUAAUCGAACCAGUAUGGGUUUCUAAUCGAAAGAAUGAUGAAGCCUCCUAUGAAAAAAUGCUGAAAUUAAGAAGAGAGUUUAGUCGAGCCAUAACCAUUCUUGAAAUGAUCAAAAAAAGGGAAAAAACAAAACGAGAAUUGUUACAUCUUACAUUAGAAGUAGUAGAGAAGAGGUAUCAUUUGGGUGACUUUGGAGGAGAAAUCCUGAAUGAGAUUAAAAUUCCCAAAGUGGAAAAGGAUAUUCAUCCCAUUCCUGCAUCUCUGCAUAAUGGAAACCAUCAUAAAGUACCAGAAUGCAAAGCAAAGAUUACACACCAUCCAUCUGUUAAAGAAGAAGUUUUAGAAAUCAUCCGUCUAAAAAAGAAAUAUCCAAAGAAGCCAAAACCAGAUAAUUUUAUUACUCCUCAAAUCCAGCCUGCAUCAGAGCCAUUGCCUGUAAUUAACAAGAGCGAUAUAAAACAGUACGAUUUCCAAAGCUCAGAUGAGGAAGAAUUCCCACAGGUACCCUCUCCAGUUUCAGAACCAGAAGAAGAAAAUGAUCCUGACGGGCCUUAUGCUUUUAGAAGACGACCUGGAUGCCAGUAUUAUGCUCCUCGUUUGGACCAAACCAGUGAUUCUUCAGAAAAUACAGAUUUUUCAGGAUUGGCCAGACAUCGGUAUAGGCAUUGCCUUACCACUCUUACUGUCCCAAGACGAUGCAUAGGGUUUGCAAGGAGGCGAAUAGGCCGAGGUGGAAGGGUUAUAAUGGACAGACUAUCUACAGAACAUGACCCUGUUCUAAAGCAGCUUGAUCCUGAACUGUUGUCUAGUUUUUCAAGCUCUUCCCAAGCUGCACAGCUCCCCUCCCUUUUCUCAUGGACCAAUGCUUCCGAUAAACAUUGUGAAAAAAGACUUUCUCUUUUUGAGAUUCUAAGCAAUAUUAAAUCAUAUCGACUGCAGUGUUUUCAGCCAAGACCACCACAUUUUCAAGACAGUGAUAGUGAAGAAUGUACCUCAAGAAUACUAGGGCAAGCUGUGAACAGUAAAAGAGUUUCUGCCACACCAGUAGCUUUAUUGAACACCAGCAAGAAUGGCAUAUCAGGAGGCAUCACGGAGGAACAGUUCCAGACGCAUCAGCAGCAACUGGUUCAAAUGCAAAGGCAACAACUUGCUCAGCUUCAACAGAAACAGCAGUCACAGCAAUCCUGGCAACAGACACAUUUAAAAGCACAGGGCUUAGGCAAUUCUGACUGCAUGUCUAAGACACUUGACUCUGCAAGUGCCCAAUUUGCUGCUUCUGCUGUUGUCAACACACCAACUCUAGGGCGCAGUGAAGUAACCAAGGAUCAAAACGUUAGUCACGGCAGCCUUAACGGAGUUGUACAACCAUCAGGAGCUGCAAAAACUCUUUUCUCUACAAAUAUGGCGUUAUCAUCCAGCCCAGGGAUUUCAACAGUACAGCUUGUAAGGACAGUCGGCCACCCAACUACUAACCACUUAAUUCCAACAUUGUGCACAAGCAACCCUCAAACGCUUCCUAUGAGUAAUUCUUGCCUAACGAACACCGUUCACCUCAACAAUGUCAGUGUUGUUUCACCUGUAAAUGUACAUAUUAGUACAAGGACUUCAGCUCCAUCGCCAACAGCCUUAAAACUUGCCACAGUUGCUGCAAGCAUGGACAGAGUGCCAAAGGUUACUCCAAGCAGUGCCAUCAGCAGCAUAGCAAGAGAAAACCAUGAACCAGAAAGGUUGGGUUUAAAUGGAAUUGCAGAGACAACAGUGGCUAUGGAAGUAACAUAACUUUAAAACAAUGGACAUUAGCCUGACAUUUUAGGCAUUUGUUAUUCAAUGAAAUGCAAACUGCAACGCUCUGCGGAUCACAGUGCGCUAACAUGGACCUAAAUGGACUAUCUGUAUAUCAGCUAUUAAACUGAUAUACCAUGUACAUUUUGUAAAAUUGGAAAAAAUCACUACCUUGUAAUAUAGUUUAUUUGUAUCAUCAAUAUUAUUUCUGUUACUUGAAUAGUAGAUAUUCAUCAUCAUGCUUUUGCACUUGAAUUUGCAACUGAAUGGAUAUUAAAAAAAAAAAUCUUUAAUGGGAUCAUGAGCAUGAAAUGGGAUCCUGCAUCACUUGUUUUAACUAUUUAUUUUGCCAUGUUUACAUUUUGUAUCUUGUACAAAUAAAUCCAACUUUGUGUCUCAAAACAAAAGUUAAAAAUAGCUAGGAAAUUAAAUUCUUGUAAUUUUUUUCUAAAGGAAAUGUAAAGUUUUCACUUGGUUCAUUUUGUUUCACAAUUUGACUAUAUGGACUUUUUUGGUAAAUUCUUUAGUGGCAUUUCACUGUCAAAUAUGAAGUUUAAGGCAAAAUAGUAUUUUCUAUUAUUGUGCAGGGGUUGGGGAUGGAUCGAUACAUAAAAAAAUUUAAUGUAGUAGUUCACUUUUCCAUAUAUUUUGAAUGUAUAGUUCUAUUUAUAAUUCCACAUUAUAAGAGAUAAUUACAGUCUAUGGGAAAAAUAUACAUCUGCCACCUAAACUGUGCAGACAUAAUUUUACAUUAAUUUACAUUUUUUUUAUCAGAAAAGUUCAUAUUUUAUCCAGCUUCAAAAUUUAACACCAAAAGUAAAGAUUAUUUUACCUUGUAUUGCAUUAUAUACCAUUGCAAUAAUUUAUUGUCUAAAUAUCGAGCCAUCCCUGGUGGAGGGACUGGAUGGGAGCUGUGGAGAGAUUUUUUUUCCUGUAGCUACAAGGCAAGUAACGGGUUUGAAAUGGUCUGACUGUACUUGUUGUAUAUCAUAAUUAUUUUCUUUUUGUUUUGUUUUUUUAUGUUUUUUAUUUUCUUACUUUUUUGUAUAUUUUUUUAAUUUAUUUUAGUUUUGUAUUUUUUAUACUGUUCUUGUAAAUUAGAUAUGUAUAGUGCUGUUUCAGAAUGUUUAUGCACUAGUUCAGACAACUUUCCCUGUUACUUGUUCUUGAUAAGUGAAAACUACAGGGAAAUAAAAAUACAUAUCAAAACA